GCAAUUAUUGUCUAUUUAAGCAACCGGCCUCCGAACCUCACCGCUGGACAACCAGUGCUGGUUCGUGGCCACUUGAGUUUAUCUGCAAAAGGCAGUACCACAAAGCACUCGGAUCGUCUCCGAUAGAAACCCUCUUGUUCCAUCUUUCUCUAGCUGUCUAUCCAAGAUGGCUGACCGGAAAGCUGAAAAUAAUGACAUUUCCGACCAGCCCCAGAAAAGUAUAGUGGAUUUUGAUCCUCCAAAGAAACCCAAAAGGAACAUGUAUGCUAUUGCUUGCGCGGUUUUGGCUUCCAUGACUUCCGUCUUACUGGGUUAUGAUAUUGGAGUAAUGAGCGGAGCAAUGAUCUACAUAAAAAAGGAUCUGAAAAUCAACGACGUCCAGGUUGAGAUCCUCGCCGGGAUACUUAACCUCUACUGCCUCAUCGGCUCCUGCGCAGCCGGUAGAACAUCCGACUGGAUAGGCCGCCGUUACACUAUUGUGGUAGCCGAAGUAAUUUUCUUCGUUGGGGCUAUCCUCAUGGGCUUCGCCACCAACUACGCCUUUCUCAUGGUCGGCCGCUUCGUAGCCGGUAUUGGCGUCGGUUAUGCGCUGAUGAUCGCCCCGGUCUACACUGCCGAGGUCUCUCCAGCCUCCUCUCGUGGCUUCCUCACCUCAUUUCCGGAGGUAUUCAUCAACGGUGGGAUACUGCUGGGCUACGUCUCGAACUACGCUUUUUCUAAGCUCCCAACUCACUUGGGCUGGCGGCUGAUGCUCGGAGUGGGUGCUAUCCCCGCUGUUAUACUCGGAAUCGUCGUUUUGGGCAUGCCCGAGUCACCCAGAUGGUUGGUCAUGCAGGGUCGACUCGGUGAGGCGAAGCGAGUCCUCGACAAAACCUCGGACUCCAAGGAGGAGGCUGAUAUAAGACUAGCCGACAUCAAAGGAGCAGCCGGCAUUCCAGAGAAUUGUACGGACGACAUCGUUCAGGUGCCCAAACAGAGUCAUGGCGAGGACGUGUGGAAAGAACUACUCCUCCGUCCCACACCACCCGUUCGCCACGCCUUAAUCGCAGCCGUAGGUAUCCAUUUCUUCCAGCAAUCAUCAGGUAUCGACUCGGUCGUUCUAUACAGUCCGAGAAUCUUUGAGAAGGCCGGUAUCACGUCGACGAACGACAAGCUACUAGCGACAGUAGCAGUCGGGUUCACGAAGACCAUGUUCAUUUUGGUUGCCACGUUCUUGCUGGACAGGAUCGGAAGGCGACCAUUGCUCCUUAGCAGCGUUGCAGGCAUGAUUCUCUCCCUCGCGACACUCGGAAUCGGCCUAACGAUCAUAGAACACUCGGAUCAUAAGCUAAUGUGGGCUGUGGCUCUGUGCAUCGCCAUGGUGCUGUCGUACGUGGCGUUCUUCUCGAUCGGGAUGGGACCCAUCACGUGGGUGUACAGCUCGGAGGUCUUCCCGUUGAGGCUAAGAGCGCAGGGUGCGAGUAUUGGAGUAGGAGUGAAUAGGGUGACGAGUGGGGUCAUCUCCAUGACUUUCCUAUCACUAAGCAAAGGGAUUACCAUCGGCGGAGCCUUCUUUCUCUAUGCGUCCAUCGCCACUGUGUCAUGGAUCUUCUUUUAUUUUAUGCUACCAGAAACACAAGGUCGAACCCUGGAGGACAUGGAGGGAUUGUUUGGUAAUUUCGGGUGGAAGUUUGCUAAACCCAUUAAGAACGAACAACAACAGAAGGAGGAAGUUAAUCAUGCUGCUGGAAAAGGCAACGGGAAAGGUCAGAUUCAGUUAGCUAGGGACCAGUACGUCGACUAACUUGCAGUCUUAGGGCAAAAAGAUCGACUUUAUGUAUCAUGUUUGGCUCCAAGAAGAUAAGAGUUUACUGGGAAAUUAAAGUUAUGUAUAUUAAAACUCUUGUCACGUUACUUACUGCGUAUUACAUUGUGAUAGCUAGAAGUAUGCAUCAA